UUGUCCACGCCACGAAUUCAUUUUGCUUCUCAAUUCAGUUUUUCCAUGCAAAUAUUAAUUACAAAAAUAAUAAUAAAUCAUAUUUUCCAUCUCGAAGAAUCGCAAAAAAACCCUAGAAAUUUGCAUUAAUUUUAAUACGCAAAAACGAAAAUUGAUGGUUGGAUCAUCAUCGACAAAACAAGGGUUGUCUUCAUGGAUUGGGGCAGCUACUGCAACAAGAACCACCGUUGAAUUUGACAAAAACGGUGCCGUUUCUGGUGGGGACUCGCCUUCACAUUCCGGCAACUUUACAGAUGUCAAUUUGGGAUUCGGAGAAGGGGCAAUUUCCGCCGCCGGUGCUGCUGUUCUCUCCGCCAUACUCGUCAACCCUCUUGAUGUUGCCAAGACAAGGUUGCAAGCUCAGGCUGCUGGUGUACCUUAUGACAGCCUGUGUAAUUUGGGACAUCUUAAUUCUAAUACAGUGCUGACAGGUGUGAAGUACAACUCCUCAGGCACUCGUGCUGUUCUUGGUGCUGAACCAACAUGUUCUCCAGAUAGUUUUCGAUAUAAAGGAACGCUUGAUGUCUUUUAUAAAGUAAUACGUCAGGAAGGAUUUACCAGACUGUGGAGAGGCACUAAUGCAAGUCUAACAUUGGCAAUCCCUUCUGUGGCGAUAUAUUUGCCUCUUUAUGACAUUUUCCGCAACUCUGUGGAAGAGUAUACAUUACGUAAUAUACCAAUUGCUACACCAUAUGUCCCCUUGGUAGCAGGAUCCUUAGCACGUUCCAUUGCUUGCAUCACUUGCUAUCCAGUUGAGCUUGCAAGAACACGUAUGCAGGCCUUCAAAGACACAAAAAAUGGUGUGAAGCCCCCAGGAGUGUGGAAGACGUUAGUUGGGGUCGUUUCUCCAGUCAAUAGUGUAAACAGCUAUCAAAAUUCAAUGCAAACCUACCGCCUCCUCUGGACCGGUCUGGGGGCACAACUAGCUCGUGAUGUUCCUUUCUCUGCAAUUUGCUGGUCUACUCUUGAGCCAGUUAGGAGGAAGCUACUAGGCAUGGUGGGAGAUGAAGCAAGUGCGACGACUGUCUUUGGUGCAAACUUCUCUGCUGGAUUUGUUGCAGGAAUUCUUGCAGCUUCUGCUACAUGUCCCUUAGAUGUUGCAAGAACUAGGAGACAAAUAGAGAAUGAUCCUGAACGAGCACUGAGGAUGACCACAAGACAAACAUUGGUUGAGAUAUGGAGGGAUGGGGGAUUUAAGGGGUUCUUCGCUGGAGUUGGCCCUCGAGUUGCCCGAGCUGGACCUUCAGUUGGGAUUGUUGUUUCCUUCUACGAGGUGGUAAAAUAUUGUUUGAGCCAUAGGCAUAUGCAUCGGCAGAGCGAAGGUGCUGAUCUAUAGCAUUGUGAUCUAUCUUCCAAACCAAUGAGGCUAGUGAUACUAGCAUAAUUUCUACCAAUAAGAAGCUGAAGAUCUAAUGGAUGAUAUUCGAUGAAAUGUAAUCUCCUGAAGACCCG